AGGGGUGCCAGUAAAUCGUCUGAUGUCUUCUGUGUUUCUCUGAACUUUCAUACCACGAACGCUGGCGUAAAGGGCAUUGUCUCUCCCUGCCUACACCAACUACCACCCUAGAGAUGGAGCUCACGAGACAGCGAGGAGUGGUGUCCCUCCAAGACUCUCAGCCAUGCAUCCCGCUUUCGGACCACCUCAAGGACGGCGACAUCAUACUGCUACUAACGCCUGGGAUCGCGCCAGAUGAGAAUCCCUGGGACGGUGACCCCAAUAACCCGCCCAGCGAUCCCUUCGAACCCCUCGGGAAGGCUCUAGCCAGGCAUCACCCAUGGGUCCGCCACGUCCCAUACCUACCACGCAACGGAAUCACUGGAACUCACGUUGUGCACAUCAGGCUAGCCGCCGCUGUGGUCUUUGUGAUCUCGGGCCCUCCGCGUCACGGCCAGCCGUCGCAAGUGGCCCUGGCUGAAAUCACGAGAGCCGUUUGCGAGACCCGACCUCAAAUCAUCCUAACUUGUUGCGACGUGCAAGCACUAGGGCCUCUCGAAAAGUCUUUCCCGACCAUAUUAGAGGUGUCUAGCUUUGCUCCGUCAGACUUGGAAGCCGCUGCCGAUGCCCUCUUCGAGUCUAGGAAGCCCAGCCCCAAGACGUCCAAGGUCCAGAACAUGACUAUACCACCAAAAGCCUGGCCCGUCGAGCUAUGGGACGGGAACCGUGAGCUGUCCGAUGUUCUAGACCUGUGGUGUCAGUGUUUUCCAGACACUUUCCACCUUGACCGAUACCGGUUUCAGUCAUUACUUCACCGAGACGGUUAUGCAAUGCACUACGUCGUCCGGAAACCUGGCACUCGGCAAAUUCUGGGCUUCUGUGCAACCUACACGACCUAUGCCGACAGUGGUGGUGAGCGUUUGCUCGGGUCUCUAGCAGCUCUUCUCGUCCACCCGUCGUAUCGCCAACAAGGGAUCGGCUUGAGUUUGCACACCCACGCUUGGCGCCAACUCACAAAGAUACGAGGCGUUUGCCGCCUUCAGCUUGGGAGCACUUUUCCUCGACUCCUGUACGGCCUCCCAUUUGAUUCACCUUGUGAGGACUGGUUCCGGCACCGCGGGUGGCCGAUCAAACCGCUCUCCUCAGCUCCGGGCUCAGGGCAGCCAGUGUGCGAUUGGUUUCUCAAGUUCAAGGAUUGGCCGACGACGGGAAUGAUGUUAUCCCACCUCGCCUUUCGUCCCUGCGAAUUCGCCGAAUUUGACAUGGUACUAGAAUUCGUUGAGAAAGAGUCGAGGAAAAAGGACACCAUGGGCUGGUACGACCAAUACGCCAAGCUAGCCAACACGAUGAACAUCCAGGAUAUUGUCCUGGGCCUCGAAGGGGGCGCCAUCAUCGCAGUGGCAUUAACUUAUGUCAAGAAUAACGGGAGCCCGGCGGCAGACGAUCUUCCGUGGGCCGGCACCAUCGCCGACGACGUCGGGGGUGUCACGUGUGUUUGUGUCAGCGAUGACGUCCCGAAUACUUCAAACAAGCGAGAUGCCGUCAUGAUUAGGCUUCUUGAUAGCUGCAUUCGCCUCCUCGCAAAUCAGGGGAUGAACAAGCUGCUCAUUGACGCGGUCACAGGAGGAGACGAAGGAUUCCAAUCCAUGGGCUUCCAAAAAUGGGCGAGAUACAGAGAUGUAUGGCGGGAUGUCUAAAAUCACGCGAUGUGGCGUUUUCGGCCUGGUUCAGGAUUGAAGUGAAAAGAGAAGGUACCAGCGGUUAGAGCGCUUGGCUCGGGUUAACUCGAGACAACCUGCAUUAAAGGUCGAGAAUGACAAGCUUAAAAACGUCAACUGAUUCCAUCGGUGCCCAACUCAUCGCCAACUUCCCGAGCCGAGCCACGGCCCGAGAGGACAUGGG